AUGGCAUACGCUUGGCCACAGUUGUUGACAUCUCUCUCGAACAAGGCCGAGUCAGCCAUUGUAUCUGUUGAAGAACAAGGGGCUAUCCCCUCCAUCUGGAACCUCCACAUACACUCAAGAGAUUUGACUCAGAAGAGUGCCGACAAGGCGAUCACUGAUCAUCCUACGCCAGCGGACCAGGGUCAUAUUUUGAUCAAGUUUAAUCCUUGUUCAGCGACACGGACUCCCAGCACCCCCGGCGAGCAAGAAUUAAGCCCGUCCCAGCUUCGCUGA